UUGCAUGAUUACAUUGGCUUUCUUUCCUGCCCGAGCCAAGACGUGUGUUAACGUUGAAGUGGGGGUAGCUACAGUUGGAGACUCUAAAUUGACCCGUAAGCAGUGCAACAUUGGCUGUGAAGAUCUUGUCCUAGAAACGACAUCUUUGAUUGAAUAGGAAGCUGUAUAUUUUUAACAAAUUCAAAAAUGUCUUGGCAAAGCUACGUGGAUAACCUGAUGGCCGACGGCAGCUGUCAGGAUUCCGCCAUUGUUGGGUAUACGGACGCCAAAUACGUUUGGGCAGCACAUGCCGGUGGUACUUUUAGCAACAUAACGCCUCAAGAAAUUGAUGUCCUCAUUGGAAAGGACAGGACUAGCUUCUUCACCAACGGCAUGGCCUUGGGUUCAAAGAAGUGCUCGGUCAUCAGAGACAGCCUCCAUAGUGAAGGGGACUGGACAAUGGACAUCAGGACAAAGAGUCAAGGAGGAGAGCCAACGUACAACAUUACUGUAGGCAAAGCUGGCAAAGCAUUAGUUUUAGUCAUGGGAAAGGAAGGGGUCCAUGGCGGACAGCUCAACAAGAAAGCAUUUACCAUGGCUGAGCACCUGAGGAAGUCUGGAUAUUGAAGCAGCCUCUACCCAUCAUCUUUCUCACCUCCAUUGUGUUGACAGUACUUUGAGGAUUAGUUAGCAGACACAUUGGUACUCUUCCCCAGUUCCAUUUUUAUGUACACCCUUUGUUUUAUUUUUUGUUAAUUCAUGUUUUUUUGGUCCCUUUUCCUCACCAUUCUUUCUCAGAGCAUUAACACUAUGUACCCUAUUUCUGACACUAAAGUAAGAGCAUGUUCAUCAGAAAUGGUUGAAAUGUAUAUUUACCAAAAGGGAAAUGUGCAAAGAAAUUCAUAAAAAAUAUAAUUAAAUUGUGUACCAAAUUUGGACUUGGCUUGUAUAAACAAAUACUUAGUAAUUGGAAAAUGACAGGAGGAAGCAUACCUUAAUUGGCUGCGUCAUUCGAUGGUGCAGACAGUUUUGCAUAGGAAAAUGUAUUUUCAGAAUUUUGAAGCGAUGACUGUCUGGUGUGGUCUCCUUUCCUCAGCAUGUCAGGGUUUGAAAGUUGCAUGCAUAUCUUUUAGUAGCCUUUCCCAAACCUUUAUAUUCCAUCCAGAAAUGUUAUUUUAAUUAAAUCCUUCUUGCAUUGUCAUUUGAUACAUACAUCAUUAAGGUAAAGAUUUCCUCCAGCAUAGUCCUCUAAACAUACUUUGAAACCCCUCAGCUGAGUCAGCCCACUAUUUAGAUGUUCUUUUCUUUAGGUUGCAUUAUCUUCCAUCAACUGCUUUUGCUGUUGUAACUUGAAUGUGGUCUUACAAGUCAUUGAUGUGGUGUUGGAAUAUUGUUUGAAAGUAAUGGCAGAUAAGAUCAGCAUUGAUCUUAAAAAAAAAUCCUCCCAUGAACCUUCAAUACGUCUUAAAGUCCUCAUGGACAUUCCAUCUUUGCAAUAGCUCAGGCACAUAUCUAGGAUAUGCCAGCUCCUGAAAUUUUAUUUUACACUGCUGACAUUGCGCAGUGCAUCGUCCCUACAAACCAUGUUUUGGCAAGUUUUUAUUUUCCAUAGGACCAAUUGUCUGUCAGGGUGAUUUUCAGAAUAGCUUCAAACCAUUGUGAAAGAUUGUUGCCCUCAUUUUGUCAGUCAUUAGACACUAUACUUCAGAUGGCUUUAAAACACUUACUGCUUCUUUAGAUUACUUAAACUAAUUGAUUUACUGCUAAUUUGUUAACCGGUGAAAUUGCAGUCUCAUUGGACAACUGGUAAUGAGUGUAUUCUUAGUGAAUGACCGUAAACCCAAGUUCAGCUGGGCAAAACUCUUUGAAUUUGCCUUGUGCUCUACUCAUCAAAGAUGUAUCAGCAACUGUCAGCACACUACUUAACAGUAUAUUAAAAACAACAUUGAAAGUGUUUACACUAAAUUGGUGGAAAAUGGUGUUGGUUGGAAUAAGAACACUAGUGAGUUGUCUUGUGAAAACUUUCAAAGAGAACUAUCCUGUGCCAUAAUGUAGAUCUGAUCUGUUGCUACUGUGAGUUAGAUUUUGAACUUCUGCCCCAGCAAGGACUAUGGCUCUUUCCUCCUGUAAAGGAUUUGUGGAAUAUGUCCAGAACUACACAUUUCACACUGAUUUGUGAUUUUUCUUUCCCCUAUGCAUUUCGAUUCAGUCAGUUAUUAAAUUUGCAUUUUGAUGAAUGUUUGGGGGAAAAUGCCAUAAAUUGAUAAAUCACCUUGUUUACAGACAGAUCAAAUAAAAGUUAUUCCAACCAGAACUGUCAA